AUGGAUCCACAGCAGACCAUCGGCCUGCUUGUGCUCGCAUCCUACUUCUUGCUGAUAUUUGUACUGUUAUAUAUUAUUUGCGCUUCUUUUUUACCUCUCAAUGUCCCCCGCAAUGGCCCCAAUUACCGUGCCUAUACCUUUACUGUGCUGACGCUGAGCUCUUUCGCUCACACUUGGUACUACAUGUUUGCGUUCAUGGGAUGGAGCUUUUCCAAUUAUGAGCGGCUGCACUCCGCGGAAGCAACGCAACCGAUGCUGGAGAGAGUAGGAAAUUGGCUAGCAAAUACAGGCUUGUUCGAGGAAGCGUGGGCUGUCGUAUGUUCAACUCCCCGGAAUUGGUGGUGGAGCGAACAGUUAUGCCUCUAUACUGUGGGUUUCUGGACUGUCUUUUUAUUGUCGGAAGGCCGCAGACGCAAAAUAAAACAUAUCUGGGCUUAUAUGAUGCUAGGGCAGGUCGUCGCCAUUUCCGUCGCAGCGAACUUGUUUUAUAUAGCGCUGGCCUUAUAUCCUGACCCAAAGCCAGAAGAGAAACUUACUCGGCGGCGAAACACUGUCCCUAUGAUUCUUUGGAGCAGCAUUCUGCUUUCCCUUUCCACUGUUUACCUCGUUCCCACGUCAAUCGAACAGGGAUACUUCCUCUCCAAUCUCCUCACGAUGCAUGUGCUUUUAGUUAUUCCACUCGCCUCUCCAGAUGCCUUGCUAUCCUCGGCCGUGCUUCGGAUGCGAGCACGGACUCUAUAUGGCUUGAUUGCACUGGCUUCCAUUCUUCCACGUAUUCGUACAGUUUCGACUGCUUUUGCCUCCUUGCCGGUUGAAGCUCGACAUGUGUCCGGUGCUGUGUCCGCCCUGUGGGAAACCUUACAUUCUCAUCCCGCUCAGUCCUCCAUUGGAUGGGAUGUGGUGUGGACGACCGCCUCAUUCUUUCUUUGGACCUUCUCCCCUCUGCAGAUGAUUAAGUAUCUGAUCCCCUGCGUUCUAGCUACCAGCGUGCCAUCAGCCGGUUUCAUCGCUCCAUUCGUUAUGUGGCGAAGCAGUCGUGCUGUUGAGCUCUGA